UAAAAAAGCAGUCCUGUGCAGACUUCUAGCGUUCAAAAAACACAUGGACUGUUACCGUAGAGAUGCUAAUACAGGAUUUUACACAAGUGAAAAGGAAAAUGUUAGCAGCCUGGAAAACUCUGCCAGGCACUGUGGAUCUGCUACAGAAGGAGGGAAUUCAUGAGGAAGAGGGGAUCAGAGAAUGAUGGCUGAAUCUCCGUCGAGGCAUCCUGGGUUUGGCCGUUCUGGGAAGAGUUUUCUUAUUGAUAAUCUGCUACGACCUUCCACUAAAUCACCAGCUUCUCAAAACUUACCUGCUGCUGCUGCUGCUGCACAGAAAAGGUGCUUUUCUGGGCUGGUAUGUGGACCACUGGGACUGGGUCAGAAGAGCACAUGGGGAGCCUCAUUUGGAGCUCAGCAGAACAGUCGUCAAGAAGUGGAGAGAGAGCCAGUCAAAGCUCAUUCAGUGAUGAUGCUGUGUGCGUCUCCUCUCAUCCACCCGUGCUGCGGCGGCUCCACACCACUGACCUGCUCUCUUCCCCUCCUUUCUGGCUCCAAGGGCACAGGCCCCAGUGUGUGGAGCCCAGGAUCGAAUCCUAAACCCCACAGAGGAAUCCUGAGGAGAGCUGUGUUCUCAGAGCAGCAGAGGAAAGAACUGGAGAGAACGUUCCGCAGACAGAAAUACAUCAGCAAAACUGACCGCAACAGACUGGCCACACAGCUAUGCCUGAAGGAAACACAGGUAAAGAUCUGGUUCCAGAACCGUAGAAUGAAGUGGAGGAACUCAAAAGAGAGAGAGAGCCUGAGCACCCGACCGGCUAUGGAGGAGCUGCUGCUCAGGAGCAUCCCAGACAGAGAGGGAGAAACAGGACAUACCCACACACACCCAGGAGAGGCACAGAGUCUCCACACACACCCAGUAGCUUCUGAGAAAUGCUUGAGAGAUCACACACACUCUGCCACUCACAGUGUCAAAAGAUAAAGGAUGUAUGCACAUCUUUCUCACUUGUUUUUGGUCAGUAAAAUUACAUUGUGGUAAAAAGUUCUUUUGUACAUAUACCAAAGCAGACUGAGGUUGUGUUUUUUCUUUUUUGUUUCUGUUUCUGCUUGUUGUAUAUGAAUGUUCACUUUUUUGAGAUUGCUAACCCACUAAUUCACUGUACUAACAGGUCUACUACUGAAAAUUGUCAUUGUCAUGCAAAACCCUGUAUCUUUAAAAUGGGAACUGCAGGACAAGGGGGAAAAAUGUAGCUUUUAAUGGAAUGGAAUGUAAAAAGAUUGCAUUCCAAGUCAUUUUGGAGCAUUUUUAUUAGUUCAAUCAUCAUAAAACUUUGACACAGUACAAAAAACAAAUGCGGGGGUUAUGUGGAUUUUGCAUGAUAAUGAUGAAAUAGAAAAAUGCUGUUAUGAUCACACAGUAGUGCCACUUUUGUACUAUGUACAUGCGACAGAAUACAGAGUAUGUUACAGUAGCAAACAGCAACUACAGAAAUCAGAACUGAGCAUUGUGUAUUAGAUAUGCAUUUAAUUGUAACCUCCCAUGAUGGUAAUGUAAUAUUACAUGUACAAAAUGUUUAAUGACUUUUGAAAAUAAAGAUAAAAAUGAGACAUCAAAA